CAUAAGCGAACCAAGCAGAGUGAAGGAGGACAUGGUGUUACAUCAGGCAUCAGUAUUGUUGCAUUCUUGUUUUUACUACAGAUCCCUAUCAUCCUACCGUAUCUCAUCAUGAACACACAGAACCAGUCGUCUGGCGGCCCAGGUGAACAACACUGGAUGCCACGUCCAGCGACGGAUAGUGGGUAUGGUUCGUCUAAUACCCAUCCCCAACAAUACGACAACCCCUACGCCGAGGUUCCCUGCGGUGCGAUGUACAAUGCGGCAGCUAGCAACAUGAAUCAAUCACAGUAUCCCCACGAUCAGUCUUGUUACACCAGAGACUCAGGAUCAUUUGAAACUAAACAGUCUAGUCAUCAACAAGGCCAUAAACUUGCAGUGAUGCAAGGUAAUGAGCAUCGCGGUGAGGGGAACCAGUACUUGGGAGUCGUCAACAGACAGCCGAUGCCCGGAGUGACCGACGAGGUUAUGUUGACAGCUACUGCAAACUUAUUGAUUCGCAACAACCAUUUUGCAGCUGAGGGUCGUGGCAAUCAGGUCAUCGGCCAGGCAGUUGGGCCCGGCGCGAUUCCCAUGGCAUUCUCUGGCCAAUACGAAGGCAACAUAAAUGACGGACCUGGCGACCAGUUAAUAGGUAUCUCAUUUGAACAUUUGCCUAAGAACCAGAGAAGGAGUAGAAAGAAAUACGAAAGUAUAUUCAAUGACUUUGAACGACAAAAGACCACCUUGGCGCUCUAUAUAUCCCAGCUCAACGACGACAGGCUUGGGGAAAUCACCCCUACGGUAAAUAAGAUUUGGACCAAACUUCAGUGCAUUCCUGAGCAACAAGUGGGAGACGAGGACAUACAUCAAAAGGAACAGGACACAAUCUUGUCUGUUCAAGAAUGCCACCGCACUGCUGUGACACCAUCUGUCACAAUACCCGUAGCGGAGCGUCUCGACAAGCGGGGACAAGAGAAUACCCAGACAUCUAUCUACCACCAGAUCCAGAAUAACCAUGAGAAAUCAUCCCACACCUCAGGACGGAAUACACCUCAACACAUAACAGCUUUGCCAUGUUCAACAUCUUCAGAAGGAGACGCCAAGCAGGAUAGUGCAGUCUGCCUGACCGACGACAGCUCUAUGCGAGGAAUGCCGCAUCCCGAGGAUUCUACAAAGCUGCCGGCUCCCAUGACUCAGGGCUCAGCUGUCAACACGGCACAAGAAACGAAUGCCUUCCAUCUCCUGAACCCCAGCCCCUUCACAGAAUUCAAAGGGAACGUCCACAGGGGCGGCGGCACACAAACGAUAGGUGUACAUUUAGGACGAAACGCCAACAUGACCAGAGUGACGGACGCCGACAUGCUGAAGGUGACGUCGAACUUCCUGGCGCAUGCCAACAUAUUCUCGGGGAAUGGCACACAAACCAUAGGACAGCUAGUGCAGUCCGGGGCCACGCCUCGGCAGUUCUCUGGCCAUUACUACAAUAACCACCAUGAGGGAACCGGCGACCAGGUUAUUGGAAUAUCCUUCGAAUAACAAGACGUCUGAAGAAUCAAGAGCCGCCCUAAUUCAUGACAGUCACCAAUUUGCGCCAGAGGCAGGAUUCAGGGUUCCAAAUUGUAUUUUCCGCUAGUCUUGCAAUUCCCUGUGUCUCGUAACUUUCAGGGUUGGCCACUAGUGAGUGUCUGUUACAGUACUAUAGUCGAGUGUAAAGACUCGGGAUCUCGUCCUGAUUACGUAUGUCGUUUACCUUUUGGUCGCGUAGCGGUUAUAGUUACUACACUCCUAUACUCGGUCCAUGACAGUGUCCCAACCUCGCAAGGCUCAGAUGCCCGGAUCAACGACUUAUGGUGAAUAAUGGCGGAUAAGAAUACAGUGUGUUUUACAUAGACCGAAUCCUCCCUAUACUUGUAUCCCCAGUUCCAAAAACCAAUAAGCUAUGAUGGCGUAUCGACUCCAUGUUAGAGAUACCUACCCCUAAGUAAAUCGAUUUUCUAACUCAAGGAUGAUAUUAUGUAAAUAAAUCCUGCCGAAUUUGUGUACAAAAGUUUCCCGCCGACGUUAUUUUUGGUUUUAUAACGCAUGCAAGGCUCUCAGGAUUCAAACCUGGCAGAUAGUCACCACUUUCGUCCUAAACACUCUUUGUCUUUUGGAAAUACGGUGAU